AAGGUGGAUGAUUAGUCUGUAAACCUCUUUUCUGAUCCACAUUCCGGAACAGAAGGGGGCGGUAAUGCACCAAAACGCUGGAUGCCAACCGCCGUAAAACAAGAAGAAGAAGAACCAGUUGUCUCACAAGUCCAACAUUCCUCAGCAGCCAUGGCAACAAAAGAAUCAAAGCCAAAUCUCAGCCAUUCCCAGGUUAUGGAGAUUAUCAAACGAGUCUAUGGUUUGACCGUGUCCAUUAUUCGACCGAUGCCCAGUUAUGAUGAUCAGAACUUUUACGUAGCUCCCAGUGAGGGUGGAGAAUAUGUGUUAAAGAUUAUGAACUCAGCAGACAGUCACAACAUCACUGUUAUUGAGCUACAAUCUCACUCAAUGAACUUCUUACACCAAAGAGGCCUUCCUGUCCAGACCACUCUGCCCACUCUGACUGGUCAACUCAUGAGCAUGGAAGAAUUUGAUUGUGGUUUUGGCAUGCAGAAAUAUUUAGUGCGCUUACUUACCUACCUGCCUGGCACUACCAUAGCCAAAAUUACCUGCAGUCCUCAGAUCUUGUAUGACGUUGGGAAAAUGGCCGCCACAUUGGAUACAGUAUUACUGCAAAUGGAGCAUCCAAACAUCACUGCCCUUCAGAGAGAAAAUUUUAUAUGGAAACUCACCAGCAUUCCGCUCUUAAAUCAGUAUAUUCAUGUGAUGGAUGGGGAUCCUGUACAAAAGGUUGUUAAAGCAGUUAUUGAGCAGUACCAGGUCCAAGUCAUGCCAAAGCUACCAUUGUUUCGCAAGUGCAUUAACCAUGGAGACUUCAAUGACCACAAUCUCUUGGUGAAACCUGAUGGACCCUCAGAGUACAAAAUCUCUGGGAUUCUUGAUUUUUCAGACAUGAGCUGUGGUUAUUUUAUAUUUGAGCUAGCCAUAACUAUCAUGUACAUGAUGAUUGAGAAUCCCAAUCCGGUCGAUGUCGGAGGGCCAGUGGUGGCGGGAUGGGAAAGUGUUUUACCUCUUAGUGAGGCAGAAAGAGACUCGCUGUAUUUGCUGGUUCUGUGUCGGUUCUGCCAGUCCCUGGUUCUGGCCCGGCAUGCUGUGAUACAGCAGCCAGAGAAUGAGGAGUACUUGAUGACCACUGCCAGAACAGGUGUGCGGCACCUCUGCCGUCUUUGGGAGCUGGGUAAAGAAGAAGUGGAAAAAAUAUGGUUCCAGAGUGCUGCACAGUUCAGCCAACCUUGACUGAGCAUUGAAGCACAACAGCUUGCUCCAAAAAAUAUGCAAUAAACCCCAAACUAUCAUCUUUCAAAA